UUACGGGGCGCUCGUCGGCGACGGAAGGCGCGAUGCCCUUGACGACCUCUCUUCAUCCCAUCACGACAACCCGCCGUCUUCAACGCCCGACGUCCUAGCAGCACGCGACAACAUGAAUUGGACAGGCGGUCGUCUACAAAGACACUCGAAAAAUGCCGGCGGCGGAGUGGCUAGUCGCCAGAAACAGCAUUUCGCAAAGAUCCGCAGUCAGCUCCAGAAUGGACUCCAUCCUGGACAGCUACCUUUCAGACCAAGCUUUUUUCCAGACGAUGGCGCUAGCCUUGGUAGCAGACUGCCGCCUUUUACCGAUAGGACAUCACGACACGUCGGCCAUUCAAGAAAGCACAAGAGAAGGGCCCAUCGAAAUCUCGCGAGUGUUGACAGGGACAUUGUUGAAGCAGAACACUCGAAUACCAAUGUGUCGCAAUCUGCUAGUCAUGUAUCUAAUGCAGUUGAUGGCGACUCAGCGGAGAAAGGAAAGAUGAAGAUGAAACGGCGAUCUGCGCAUACGCUGCUCGAGGACGAUCGACUAGAAGCCAGCAGGAAAAGGCUACUGGAGCGGCGGGAUUGGCUUGGGCUCCAGUCGUCACGUCCGGUUCACAUGAAAUUUCGAACACGCGCAGAGAAGGAUAAGAUUGGGAAACGACGAAUGAUUGUCGGCGCCUCCUCGAGAGGACAUGCUCCGAAGGAUACAAGAAACCCUAUGCUGCCGGCUCAAGGACUGAGAGAUGGACAUAGCAGACUCGACCUGGCGCCUGCCCACGAUUUGCUCGAGGAUCAUCUUAGAGUGCGUAUCGGCACUAAUGCUUUUUUUAGCCAAAGAUCAUCGACUCUUGUUCGAGAUCCCCCACGUCGAGAAUCAUCUGACACCAUGCUGUUUGAUACUGCAGUGGACGCAGACACCACUCUCGCGGUAGAGGGUUCGCGAGAGCGCUCCUAUGAGCAGCAUUGGUCCGCGGGAACCAGCUACGAUGGAGAACACGAAACAGCGUUGGAAUAUGAAAACCGCCAAUCUGCGAAUGACUUGGUCGGUUCACUCCACGCGCAGCGAGAAGAGGCAGAGGGCAAUUUACCCGAGCCAGGCGGUAUAGACGAGAAGCUAACUAGUUACCUCCCUCACGAACCCGCACUGAAGGGUCGCGUUAUUUUCCAGUCAGUUGCACCAGCUUCUUCAGGAUCCGAUCAGCCAGCAUCCCACGUGCCGAUAGAUACGAAUAACUGUCCUUCCGAGGCGGCUGCCCCGGACGGGCUUGAGGGGGGAGUGAGCCAGGAAAUUGAUGCUGACGAUCAAGAUCCGCAGGAACGCAAGAUCGUCGAUGAGACACCCUGGAAACAGUUUUUGGAGAUCUCAGGUGACGAGCAGAGCCAUUCGUCUACAAGUGGUGUGUCCGAAAGGGCUUGCCUGCAUGGGUCCGAAGCAUCCAUCAGAGGCCACAACGACGCCGAGGGAAACUCUGUUGCUGACAUGACCGCAUCUAGACGAGCUCCAAGAGACAGCCAAGAGGAUGCAGCUACCUGGGUCAUCGCACGACAUAUCAAUGGCAAGACUAUACAAGAAUACACGACCUUUGAGAGACGCGCAAGAGCUUUGGUAGAUGAUGUAAAGGAGAAUGAGAAUCGCCAAUGGCAGGAUUUCGUCAUCGGAAGUCGAGGCAGUUCCGCGUCUGAUAGUGCGCAUGAUACUAUUAUGGGUGACAAGCAGCACUCCCCUGUACAUUCUGCAAGAGGAACGAGCAUGAGGGCUUUGUGCUCACCCAAAGUUCAAGCUACAUCAACUAGCUCGAUUUCUGCACCAUCAAGGUCAGCCGCUUCGCCCCGCUUACGCAGAAUACAGGCUGGAUGGGGCCAAAGUGAGGAGGCUAGGCUUCGCCCUGCAGACCUUGCAUCGAGUUCGCUAUACAAUAAUAUCUCGUUUACGAUGGACUCACCGGUCGCUGCAGCUUACUCCAACGGAGGACCAACGAACUAUGCGAAUUCGGAUGUGAGCAUGGCGGAAUCUGGCUCAGCCUAUGAGAAGAUGGAAAGUGAUUGACGUAUUACGUGGAGUCUCUGCGGCGAUGAUGAAAGAAUGGCUUACUAAUUGGUUGGUGCAUUAUCGAGAUCUGAAGAGAUGAGGCUUCCAUUCUUGGCUCAGCAGGUCUCUUGGAGUCUAGACCAGCC